CCCACUCCUUUAUUUCAGAGAGUCAAAUCUUCAUCUUCAAAUCACCACAGUCAUGACAUCAGCCGUCGACUCUCAAUCGGAUCCCCAAUCCAAUUCCCUAAGCCCCACACUGUCACCAAACGCACCCGAUUGCGAACCAUUUCUUCCCCCAACUCAGUGCCUCCCUUCUCCGCCCACGAGCGACGCCGUUGAAACGCCUCUGCCGCCGCAUGCAGAGAGUCUCCGCUACUCUACCAGCCAACAACCCGAGCCCACAAUCGUAGAUGACGCAAAUGCAGGAUUCAGAAAGCGAAAGCUGUCGGCGGAGAAGGAGGGGAAUUCUCUGAGACGCUCGCCGAGAUUCUCAGCGGGAUCUGGAUCAGGGUCGCGUCAUCUUGUUAAGUGGCAUGGGUCUAGGGGUCCGGAAUUACCGCUGAAUGUCCAAAAUUUUCAUGGAAAGUUCAAUGGUGGGGAGCACUUGAGGCGAUGCCCAGGAUUAAAUCCAUCAGAAAAGCUUGAUGUGAAACUGUACGGUACAUUGGAGCUUAGGAGAUCCCCACGAUUUUCCUCUUCAAAUGGGAAUGAAAACAUGGAAAUUAAUGUUUUACAAAGAAAGAGAAAAUCAAAAGCAGUUCACCAAACGAAAAAAAAUAUAAAAGCGGUUUCUACUUCCAUUGAAUUGUCUAGUUCAACAGUUGAGCAACAUUCUGAAGUUAAAAUUAUGUCUAGAAGUUCUACCUGUGGAAUUGACGAUACCAAAUCCUUAACUUGGUCUUCAGAGGCAAUCACAUCCCCAUAUCAAAAUGGCAGAACAAUUUCUAAUUCCUUUCCUUUGUCUGAGUUAGAUGAUGAUCCACCAAGAAAGAAAUAUAGAACAUCAACUUCUUCAACUAAGGAAGGUAUGGAUUCAGAAAGCAUUGCUGCCUUCAUUGGUGAUCCAAUACCUGAGGAUGAAGCUCAGAAAAGAUGGGGAUGGCGAUAUGAAUUAAAGGACAAAAAAUGUAAAGACCAACAGCUAAAGAUAAAUGAGGGUGAAGAAGACGAGAUUAUUGCAAAUGUUAAAUGCCAUUAUGCACAAGCUGAAGUUGGGAAUUGCAUUUUUAGUCUUGGUGAUUGUGCAUUUAUAGAAGGUGAAGGAGAGGAGAAUCACGUUGGCAGGAUUAUUGAAUUUUUCCAAACAACUGAGGGACAAAACUAUUUCCGAGUCCAAUGGUUCUACCGAAUUCAAGAUACAGUUGUUCAAGAUGAAGGUGGUUUCCAUGACAAGAGGCGUGUAUUUUAUUCAUCAAUAAUGAAUGAUAACUUGAUAGAUUGCAUAAUAGGAAAAGCUAAUGUAACACAAAUAACACCCAGGGUUGGUCUGAAAUUGGCUUCAAUUUCACCAUCUGACUUGUAUUAUGACAUGGAGUAUUGCGUGGAUUACUCUACAUUCCGUAACAUACCAACAGCCGUUAAGACUAAUGAGUUAUCAUCACCUCUUUGUGUGAGUCUCUCAACAGACGCCUCUGCAGUGACAGAGAAUCUACCCUCUUCUGAUCUGUGCAAGAACGAAUUAUCAUUACUAGAUCUCUAUUCUGGGUGUGGUGGCAUGUCAACUGGAUUGUGCUUAGGUGCCAAAACUGCAUCAGUUAACCUUGUCACGAGAUGGGCUGUUGAUAGUGAUAUGUCAGCCAGUGAAAGCUUGAAACUAAACCAUCCGGACACACAUGUGCGAAAUGAAUCUGCUGAGGACUUUCUGGAGUUAUUAAAGGAGUGGGAAAAACUAUGCAAACGGUAUAAUGCCACUGUUGCAGAAAGAAAACUUUCAUGUCGAUCCAAAUAUCCAGAAACAACGAAACAAGAAGUUCAUGAUGUUUCUGAUCAUGAAUUUGAAGUUUCUAAGUUAGUUGAUAUUUGCUUUGGUGAUCCCAAAGAAACUGGUAACCGUGGUCUAUAUUUCAAGGUUCAUUGGAAGGGUUGCAGUACAAGUGAAGACACUUGGGAACCAAUUAAAAGCUUAAGUAAGUGUAAGGAAAGCAUACAGGAUUUUGUGAGAAAAGGGAUGAAAUCAAAAAUCUUGCCUCUUCCUGCAGAAGUUGAUGUUAUUUGUGGGGGUCCUCCUUGUCAAGGAAUUAGUGGAUAUAAUCGCUUUAGAAACUCUGAGUCACCAUUGGAUGAUGAAAGGAAUCGUCAGAUUGUGAUUUUCAUGGACAUGGUGAAAUUUUUGAAGCCUAGGUAUGUUUUAAUGGAGAAUGUGGUUGACAUAUUGAGAUUUGACAAGGGCUCACUUGGAAGAUAUGCAUUAAGUCGUUUGGUGCAUAUGAAAUACCAAGCAAGACUUGGAAUCAUUGCGGCUGGGUGUUAUGGUCUUCCACAAUUUCGGUUGCGUGUUUUCUUGUGGGGUUCUCAUCCUAGUGAGGUUUUACCCCAAUUUCCACUUCCAACGCAUGAUGUCAUCGUUAGAUACUGGCCUCCGCCAGAGUUUGAGCGCAAUGUUGUUGCUUAUGAUGAAAACCAACCUCGUGAAUUAGAGAAAGCCACCGUUAUCCAAGAUGCCAUCUCUGAUCUUCCAGCUGUCAUGAACACGGAAACUCGUGAACAAAUGCCAUAUCAGAGUCCUCCAGAAACGGAAUUUCAAAGAUAUAUACGGUCAACUAAAUAUGAGAUGACUGGGUCAAAUUCAAAUGAAACAACAAAGGAAAGGCCCUUGCUGUAUGAUCACCGUCCCCACACUUUGUCUGAAGAUAGCUACGAACGUGUUUGCCAAAUUCCAAAACGCAAGGGUGCAAAUUUCCGUGAUCUGCCUGGUGUUGUUGUAGGAGCUGACAAUGUGGUAAGACGACAUCCGACAGAUAAUCCGAUGCUGGCAUCUGGAAAACCAUUGAUCCCAGAUUUUUGCUUCACUUUUGAGGGAGGGAAGUCUAAGAGGCCAUAUGCACGGUUAUGGUGGGAUGAGAAUCUUCCAACUGCACUAACCUUCCCAAGCUGUCAUAACCAGGUUGUACUACACCCGGAGCAGGAUCGAGUGCUCACUAUACGAGAAUAUGCCAGACUGCAAGGAUUUCCUGAUUAUUAUAGAUUCCAUGGGACUGUGAAAGGGAGGUACCGUCAAAUUGGAAAUGCAGUUGCCAUCCCUGUUUCACGGGCUUUAGGUUACACCUUAGGACUAGCUUGCAGAAAGCUCAGUGGAAAUGAGCCACUUGUGGCUCUCCCUCCUAAGUUUUCUCACUCUCAUUAUCUUCAGUUAUCUAACAAUCAGCAAGGCAACACUGACGACACUGACUAGCAUUCAUCCUAUU